CCCGUUCUGUCCCUUCUCCCCUACUUCUUUGAAGAAGGAAAAUAAACAUCUCCUUGCUUCAGUGACUAUCUGAAAAAUUUAUACAGCUAGCUCGAGAACACAGCCCUGAUUGGCGGCCUGAGAAAACAUUGGACGGCACGGGGUGUGAUGUUCUUGUACUCGUAGCGUGCAGUCUUGUCGAAGCACUCGGUGGUAACACUUGUGCCUCGUGUCGUAGUGACCAGUCACAGGAACCAGACCAGAUAAUUGUAAGGACAGGUGUUGCCAAGUGUUGACGCGCUAUAUCGUGGGCAGUGGCCGCGAAGUCAGUCAUCCGUGUCAACGUUUGUUGCUGUGAAGAACGUAACGUUAGAAGUGUGAAGGUCUGCCUUUCCCCGGACCUAUCCCCUGACCCGACAUCGCUUUUGGGCCGAAGCAGCUCUCAAGUAGACGCAGUUUCACUGGUGCGUCCCGCAUUGGUAAUCUAGCGUUGACGGUCGCAGGGAGAAUAAUUAUAUGAAAUGAUCAGAGCAACAGGCGCUGAGGAACCUUGCUAAGUCAAUAGAUGUGUGUCGUCACACCACUACCCUCUAGCAGAUAUAAUAAUAAUAAUUAUUAUUAUUAUAGCUUGGUCGAUUUUCGCAGGAACAUUUCAUUGACUUCACAACGCUAAGCUAGUCACAUUGAUUAUAGGCAUCCGACUAGCUGCUAGACCAGAGAGCUGGCUGCAACAGAUCGGAGAAGAUGGGUGAUACAGCACGUCGUGUGACAUUCAGUGCACUGCCAGCCAAGCAGACAAACAAGGAAUUCCUCUCGUCCACCCACUACCAAGUCACGGAUGGACGCACUAGACAGCCGCCAACGGGAGUCACCAAGGAAACGUACUCUGGAACGGACGGACAUUUCCGCUCCCCGGCAGCUCAGCUGCCGCCGAAAGGACAGCUGUUCCACGCCGACCGGCAGGAGAAGAACUUUUCGUGGUCUGGGCGCGCUACAUCGGCACGUACCGCUCAUCCACACCCGGACGGAGGGCGUUCACGAUUCCAGGAGCCCGUAGCUGGCACAUUCAAGGGAGUGAAAGGGCCAGCGACAAAUUUCCGGGAACAUCGUGACAAGCAGCUGGUUACUCCCGGUUACCACACGCAGAACAUGAGAGAGUUGCCGGGGCGUGAUCCAGUGGCUGCCCACACACCCAGUGCACCCACCCUGAUGCGUGACUUCAUGCGUCAUGGUGACGAACUCAACAUACCGAGACCAAGGAGCAGCUAUCGUGAUACAUUAUCAUCUGAAGGGCAAGCGCAGACGGUGCACAAUGCUGCAGGGACGUUCUCUGGAAACUUGUCGUUCCGCCGACUGCGCUCCCAGGAUCCCGAUCCUCUGCCAGGCCUGGGCGAGGGAGACGCACGCCGCUAUCGACCGAGCACCGCCAGCAAUCACCAUGGGGCGCGUGGAAAGUCGGCGAGCAUCUCCUCCAAUCCCCUCUACUCGUACCGUGGGCAUACGUCGGUGCCGGAAGGAGAUCGUGUGAAGUCAGCAGUGGCGGAAAGCCGAGACCAGCUGUUUGAAGACGACUACCCGGAACACUCAUUGCACGGCCACAGACCAUACAACAAACCAGAGGCGUUUGACGCUGUUCUCGGUACGAAUGCCAAACUCGGCGUGAAGGGUACACCUAUUGUGGAUGGACCAUCGUCAACACGCCAGGACUACCCAGAGAAGCAGCCACUCGGUUAGUACCUUGCCUUGUGUGUUGCGUACUGAGUGACUAUAGCAUUGCCAGGUGCCGAAGAACUGGGGGGGGGGGUAGCCUCCUUGCCUAGAUCAUUCUUAUUUUAAUGUAUUACAGUGUAUGAACGGUUGAGUCACCGUUUAUACAUUGGUAUGCUGUGCUUGGUGAAAUUCUAGCCUGUUUGUUCUUCGGUGCCCGACACUACUGUGGUCAGAUCCGUGUACAUGGUAGCACCUUAUUUCAGUCGAAACCUGAACCGAUUG